GGAGCGAUCCUCCCGCGGCUCAGUCGAAACGAGCGCAUACUUACGGCGAGAACAUGAAAGGCGCCGCGUCCUUCGUGCUCAUCCUGAGCCUGGCGAGCAGCUCAUUGGCCCAAUAUCAGAAUCAGUCGCGGCUCGUGGGACCCGAGUCCAGGCGCAGCAAUCGCGGCCCCGACUGGAAGAAGGUUUUUUGGCAGACCAGCGAGAAAAGAUCCGCUGCUCAACAAGAAGCGGCCGCCGCCACGGCCGUUGCUCAGCACAGGCAACAGCAACAGCAGCAGCGAAACUCAUUCAGAGACUCCAGACUGCUGUCGCUGUUUACCCUGGUACGCUUCGAGAACAACAUUUGCGCGGGGGUGACGGGGGAGAACGGCACCUGCAUCUCGCCUUCGGAGUGCGCCCAGCGCGGCGGACUGUCGAGCGGCCUCUGCGCCAGCGGCUACGGCGUCUGUUGCAUAGUGAGCGUGAGCUGCGGCCAGACGACCUUCGACAACAACACGUACUUCGUCAACGCCAACUACCCGUCGACCUUCGACGGCACCGACUCGUGCCAACUGACCGUCCUCAAGUCCCACCCGGACGUCUGCCAGUACCGGCUGGAUUUCGUCCAGUUCAGCAUCAGGGGCCCGGAGACGCUCAACAAUCUCUGCACCUACGAUCAGUUCAUCGUUUCCGGCGGCAGCCCCGUCUCGCCGAUUUGCGGCAACAACAACGGAAAUCACAUGUAUAUCGACGUAGGCACCGGACCAACGAAUCCAGUGACGCUAUCGUUCGUCACGAGCGGCAACGGCUUCGAUCGAUCCUGGCGCGUCCGCAUAGCCCAAAUACCCUGCAGCAGCAUAUUCCGAGCCGAGGAGGGCUGCAUGCAGUACUACACGGGCGUUUCCGGCCAGAUCAAGUCCUUCAACUACGACCCCAACGUCGGCCUGCAGCUGUCCAAUCAGGACUACAGCAUCUGCAUCAGAAUGGAGAGGAACUUUUGCGGGAUUCAGUACAUGACCUGCGACGACGGCUUAUCGGCCUCGCAGACGAACGCGGUGCAAGUCGGUCAGCAGGCGGCGCGCAGCAGCUCGUUCACGCUCUCGGGCAACACCCUCAACGGGCAGUUCGCCGCCCUCUCCUCGGACCGCAACUGCCAGAACGACUGGCUCAUGAUACCCUGCGCCAUGAGCGCCGGCCGCCAGCCCAACGCCCAGAUAACUUGCGUCGAUCGACUCUGCGGCGGGGCCUUCAAUACCGAGAGCAGCGUCAAUUCCACCUCCAUCAUAAGUACUGUCAAGCCGUUCAGGCUCGUCUUCCAUACCGAUGGCACGGAGGCGCCUAGCGAUUUUGGCAAUCGAGGCUUCUGCUUGAAUUACGUCCAACAACCGUGCACCAUGAAAUUGCGGUGAAAGCUCGCAGCCCGACUUCUCGAUCGACUUCGGUGCUUUUCAGCAAAACAUCUACCUACCUCCGCUUGCUCGAUAUUAUUCACAUUUACCAAGCUUUCUCCGUGCAAUUUUCUCUACGAAAAUAUCUCGUUCAUGGAUUACAUUGUUUUACACCUUUUCUUUGAAUCAUUCAGUAUCCAAUCACUGAAUCAUUUAUGUUAUGUACACUUGCUUCCAUUUAUAUCUGCGAAACAGAAAAAAUUUAAAUGUAGCAAAAUAAAGGCUGCCUGAAGCAAGUGUACGCACAACGUUUUAGUGUCAACCACACGCUACCUUACCU